AUGUUGUCCCUUCCUCUUCCUCGCCACGCCGAAGCCCCCAACCCCAAGCUCCCGACCACCUCCGCCUGCCUCCUCCGCCCGCGCGGCCGUCUCCUGCUCGGGUCCAGCAGAUGCAGAGCUGCCACGAAGUAUCAGUCGGCUGAGUCCCCGGAUGCUUCGAGCCUGCGCCUCGCCUCCGUGGCCGCUCCCUCCCCGCCCGCCUCUGUCCGACCCCCAGACGGCGGCGGCCUCCUCCUCCUCCUCUCCGUCGCUGCUUCCGCGGUUGCAAUAUCUGCCAGCUUCAUAUUCUUUUCGGCGAUUCCCUCCAUGUUGGACUGUAAGAGGGCAGCAGAGUCUCUUGAAAAGUCAUUUGACCUCACAAGAGAGAAGCUUCCUGAAAGUAUGGCUUCAGUGAGACUAGUUGCAAAAGAGAUCGGUGCCUUGAGUGUUGAUCUCAGUGACCUAAGUCAAGAAUUGACGAAGGUUGUGAGGAGUUCCUUGAGCAUUGUUCAUACAGCUGACGCUCAACUUCGCCAGCUGGCAACCUCAGCCCAACAAGGAACCGCUCAGGGGGUGGCUAACCGGAACAAAGCAGUAGGUGAGCCAUUGGUGGCUACUACUGUGAGAGAAGUCCGUGAGUUGAUUGCGGACAUCCGGUCAGGAUUUGGAGCAGCCUCUGGCAUCACCAGCCUUUUCAUGUGGGCAUCAAAAGUUUGGUCAAAGCGCCCUACGAAUAACUCACAGUGA